AUGACGCGGGACGGCGUGCCUCCGGCGGCCGGCUCCGGCGGCGGGGCGGCGGCGGCGGUCGACGGGCCUAGGCGGUGCUCGCAGUGCGGGCACCACGGGCACAACGCGCGAACCUGCACCGCGCGGCCCGUCAAGCUCUUCGGCGUGCGCAUCGGGGACAAGCCCAUCCGGAAGUGCGCCAGCAUGGGGAACAUCGCGCACCUCGCCGCGGAGGGCGGCGGCGGCGGCAGCAGGGAGGAAGGGUACGGCUCCGAUGGGGAGCGCACGCACAAGAAGCGAGGUGAGGCAUGGACUGAAGAGGAGCACAAGAAGUUUCUACUUGGGUUGAAUAAGCUAGGGAAAGGUGAUUGGCGUGGUAUAUCGCGUAAUUAUGUUAUUUCAAGGACACCUACUCAAGUGGCUAGCCAUGCACAAAAGUAUUUCAAUCGCCAAACAAAUGUGCAUAGAAGAAAGAGAAGAUCAAGCCUAUUCGAUAUGGUGAUUGAUGAUUCAUCUGAUCAGCUGCCGCUCUCGCGUUCAUCUUCACAAGAGGUAGAGCAACAGCAUUUAGAUGAUCCACAGCCUGUUGCAGCCCUGCCUGCCCCUGUGGUCUCUCCGGCUACUGUGGUACCUCCUGUGCCUGUGGAAGUGCCUGCUUCAGUUCCGCCGCCAGUUCAAGUCCCAGUUCCAGUUUCAGCUCCAGUGGUGACAUCUCAGCCUAUGGAACAGGACUCAGUUUCCUCAAGUUCAAGUGCUGGAGAGGCAGGGGCGGUGAUGCCAGGAGCCAUGCCCCCCUAUCUUUAUCCAAUGAUGAUUCCUCCUCCAUACUACCAUCCUGCAUUUGUUCCAGUGCCCUGCUACGGUUAUGUUCCUUUUUAUUAUGGGCCACCAGGUGCUGCACAAGCUCCACAUGAGGUUGUCAAGCCAGUGGCUGUGCACUCAAUGCCCCCAUUGAACGUCAAAGACCUUUACAAUAUUUCUGAAUUGUGCCUGAAGGGGGACUCAGAUGCAAACGGUGGAGUGCCUGCUUCUCCCUUGCCUCCAAAGCCGAUUGGUCGACCAGAGAGGCAAUCUGCUUUCCAUGGAAAAGGACCCACCAAUGGCUCGUCAGGCGGACUAAUUCCUGCAGUCAAGUGA